GCCGUCAACUGCAGCCUCUUCUCUGCCGUGCGGGAGGACUUCAACGCGCUGAAGCCUCACCUCUGGGACGCUGUGGAUGAGGAGAUCUGUCUGUCCGAGUGUGACAUCUACAGCUACAACCCUGACCUGGACUCGGACCCUUUUGGGGAGGAUGGCAGCCUGUGGUCCUUCAACUACUUCUUCUACAACAAGAGGCUGAAGAGGAUUGUCUUCUUCACAUGUCGUUCCAUCAGUGGGUACACGUACACGCGCUCGGAAGCUGGCAACGAGCUGGACAUGGACCUCGGUGAAGGAGACGUGGAGGAGAACAGGGACACGGGCGACGCCGAGAGCGGCAGCAUUGAGGAGGAGAGGUUGCAGGUUAUGUGCAUGUGA